AUGGACGUCUUCUGCGAUGGUGAAAUCGACUGUCCAGACGGCUCCGAUGAAAAUAAAGUGUUUUGUCCGGUGUCCCUCGUUGAAGAAAUAAUCAUCAGGCCCGGGGCGAUCGUCGAGCUACCCUGGCGUCCUUUUUCAUUUAUUUGUAAGGGGCCGCGCGGGUCCCGUCCCGAGCUAAUCGAUGCUCGCACAGGCACCCCCCUCACUUCCGAUCGGCGUUUCCAGAUCACGAGACCUCAAAGCCAUUCCGUUAAGGCUACCGCCCCCAACGGUCUUCGUGAAAUGGACAAACCUAUGCUUGUCUAUUGCUAUAUCUCCAGUGGCAAGCAAAAGGAAAUUCAAAUUUCAGUUCAGCAGGUCUGCGCGGUCGGUCAAUGUCAGUGCCGGGACGGAACCUGCUUAUCAAAAUCUCAGUUUUGCGACGGGCGCAAGGAUUGCUCGGAUGGAUCGGACGAAAAUCCGUUAUUUUGUGGGGACUUUGGCCAAGACAAUGGCAUCGUCCUUCUGCCCGACCGCAUCGUUACGAAGCCAUGGAAGAGCUUCGAAUUCUACUGCACAUCUACACGAGGUGGCCAACCAGUAGUCUAUUCCACCCGUGAUGGCCGACCAGUGGAAACGGACAGGCGGUUCCGUGUCGAUCGUUUGAACACAACCACCGUUCGUGUGAUUGCGCCACAGGGCCUGCGAUCGCCAGAUGAGGCCACUAAUUUUGUAUGUGCCAAUGCCAAGGGCGAUCGGCGCGAGGUUACAAUCAUCGUGGACCGAACAUGUCCGCAAGGGCAGUUACCUUGCAGAAGUGGGGAAUGUCGCAACAAAGGAGAUUUUUGUGAUGGGAAAGUUGACUGUGACGGCUCUGAUGAAGAUCCAAACUUCUGUGACACGGCUGCAGUGGGAGUGGUAGUGACUCCAUCUACGAUCGUCACACCCCCCUGGGUACCCUUCUCCUUCCUCUGUAUCGCCUCCGUGGAUAGUGGACCCAGACUCGUAUUUGCAGAUGGAAAAAGAGCGAUCCAGGGAGAUUCACGCUUCCAGGUGGUCCGACUUAACCCAAACAUCCUUCAAGUGUCGGCAAAGGACGGCUUGAGAUCACAGGAUGAUACUGUUAUUGAGUGCGUUAUCAAUUCCGGCGAGAAGGCGCAGGCGAGUAUUACCAUCGAAAACCCCUGUCCGCCCUCGUACGGAGCCUGUCGCAAUGGGCAGUGUAUCCCAGCCUCGAAGUUUUGCGACUAUCAACCCGAUUGCGCGGAUCGAUCUGACGAACAUCCCACUUUCUGUGCAGGUAGUCAUCUUAUACUGGAACCGAAACCGGGCGUGAUAAUCAGGCCCAGUAGUAUCAAACUACCCGCGUGGACGCGAUUCCAGUUCUUUUGCAUCCACCCGGCAGAUCAAGACGUCAGAGUAGUCUUCAGCAAGAACAAUCGUGAAGUCAGCGAGGACUCGCGCUUCGGUGUGAGGAAAGUGAACGCGACCACGACUCAAAUAAGCGCCCCGCAGGGCCUAAGAGACAUGGAUGACACAAGUAUCAGGCACGUUUUUUUUCGUUGUAUCUCUGUAACCGGCGAAAAAGGGGAGAUCAGCAUAGACAUCGAGGACGCCUGUCCUCCGGGUUACUCCAAGUGCAGGGACGGCAGUUGCCGGCGAACGCACCAAUUUUGCGACGGGAAGGCCGACUGCCCUGACAGAUCGGAUGAAUAUCCUGACUUCUGCCAAGGCGUAGUGCCGUUCCUCACUAUCGUGCCCAGCCGGAUCGUUACGUGGCCUUGGAAGAGUUUUGAAUUUACAUGUGUUUCUCGGUCACCGACCUCACUGCAAUUCGUUUUUCAAGAAGACGGUCGCCCUAUCGACACAAAAUCACGCUUCCAGGUUGUCAAACUGAAUGACUCAGCAAUCCGAGCCUCCUCAGUACUUGGGCUUCUUGAUUCCGAGGACAUGGUCAUAGAAUGUGUGACUUCUAACGGCUCUCGCAAGGAAAUUGAGGUGGUGAUUGAAGAUCUCUGUCCCUCGGAUUAUUCCAGAUGCAAGGACGGUUCCUGUGUACGUUCAUCGGCCUUCUGUGAUGGAAAGUAUGAUUGUAAGGAUCAAUCGGACGAGAACGCAGUGUUUUGUCCACACACACAAGGAUCUAUAAUCAUCUCACCGGGUGUGAUUACUACGCUACCGUGGGUAAAGUUUGAAUUCGUGUGCGUUGCACCCCAGGGUGGUCGUGUCGAGGUUGUCUUCCAGAAGGAUGGAACCCCAGUUCAGGGCGACCCUCGUUUCCGCACUGAAUGGUACAACGAAACUGCCCUCCGAGUGACUGCCCCGAGGGGUAUUGUGGGCAUGGAUGGGUCCCUCGUUAUCGAGUGCCGAAUAUCUACCGGAGAGAAGAGCAACGUCACCAUAACUGUGCGCGACCCCUGCCCCACUGGACAAUGGCGUUGUCAAAACGGGGAAUGUCGACCGCGUUCUGCCUUCUGCAAUGGCCGUCCCGACUGCACUGACGGCUCAGACGAACUUCCGCAGUUUUGUAAAGAUGUUCUUGGACCCUCUGUCACACUCAUUCCUGGAAGCAUCACGACCCCGGCCUGGAAACCAAUCCGCUUCAUCUGUGUGACACGACCUGGAACCCAGGCCAAUUUCCUGCACCAAAAUGGUCGCCCAUUGGACUCUGAUCCUCGAUUUAGAGUUGUACGCCUUAACACCAGCGCAGUUGAGGCCACCGCGCCACAGGGACUUUGGGAUGCUGAUUCUCUUAAAAUCGAUUGCGUGAGCAGUGACGGGACUUCGCAAAGUAUCACAAUAACUGUCACAAGCGGUUGUCCACGAGGUCAGUCACAGUGCCAGCAUGGCCAAUGUAUUCGUUCGGAUGCUUUCUGUGACGGCAAUCGGGACUGCAACGACGGAUCGGACGAACUGAGUUCGUUCUGUGGAGAAUUACCCGUCCCGUCCAUCGUCAUAAUACCAGGCAGCGUGACUACUUUGCCCUGGCGGAGUUUUCAGUUUACGUGCACCGCGCCUAGGGGUAGCCUGGCCAGUGUCGUUUUUCAGCGUGAUGGCAGCCCUGUGGAAAAUGAUGCCCGUUUCCGAUUGGUCCGUUUCAACGAGAGCGCGGUUCAGGUAACUGCGCCCAGUGGCCUUCGUGGAAUGGACGAUAUGGUCAUUACGUGUACUACUAUGACCGGAGACAGGAAGGAAAUAACCAUUUCUGUGACAGAUCGCUGUCCAAGUGGAUAUUCACAAUGUAAGGAUGGCGAGUGCAUCAGGUCUGCAGAGUUCUGCAACGGCAAGGUGGACUGUCGUGAUGGUUCAGAUGAAGAUGUAUGGUUCUGCAGGGACAGUGUGGCCAACGUCGUGUUCCAGCAAAAUGGAAGGUUGAUAGACCCGGAUGCCCGCUUCAGUGUAAUACGUUACAACAACACGGCCGUCAGGGUUACCGCACCUCAGGGAUUGCGCGGCAUGGAUGAUGUUAUUCUCGUGUGCGUAACCUCCACUGGCUCGCGGAAGGAGAUCACUGUUACUGUAAAUGAACCCUGUUCCCCUGGGUAUUCACAGUGCCGAGAUGGGACCUGCAUACCCCAGUCGGCGUUCUGCGAUCAGCGGGUGGACUGUCGUGACGGUUCAGACGAGAAGGCAGAAUUCUGUCGAGUCCCGUGGAAGGACUUCAAGUUUUUGUGUGUCACGCCGGCUGGAAGUUUAGCCAGCGUCGUAUUCCGCAGUGAUGGAAGGCCUGUAGAUACUGACCCGCGCUACAAAGUUGUGCGCCUCAACCAGACAGCUGUCCAAGUGACCGCGCCUUAUGGUCUGCGUGGAAUAGAUACUGACGUCCUGCUUUGUACGAGUUCCACUGGUGACAAGAAGGAGAUCUUUGUCACAAUCACCGAUGCCUGUCCAUCCGGCUAUUCGCAAUGCCGAGAUGGGACGUGUGUGUCCUCCUCCUCGUUCUGUGAUGGAAAAGUGGACUGUCAAGACAGAUCAGAUGAGGAUUCUCAAUUCUGUGGGGAAGACUCAACUCCGACUAUCACAAUCGUUCCCGGGAACAUCACGACAGUACCAUGGAAAAGUUUUGAAUUCAUUUGUGUCUCUCGAGCAGGCACUUUGGCAACUGCAGUAUUCCAGCGUAAUGGCAAGCCAGUCGAUGCAGAUCCACGGUUCAGUGUCGUCCGUCUGAAUGACACCGCAGUGCGUGUUACUGCCCCGCGGGGUCUUCGGGACAUUGAUGAUGUCGCUGUUGUGUAA